AUGGUACCUGCUGACAUCUUUCCUGGCCCCCACCAAGAAAGCCCCCAGGAUGCCUUCCCUGGCCUGCCCCCAGAGAAUGGACACGCAGCCGUGGGCGCAGACCUGGAGAUGGAGCGACGCCUGGCCCCACACUGCCACCUCGGGCCUUGCUCCCCCAGCCAGAGCCAGCUGAAGUUCCAGGCUCAGCGAAAACUCAGCAUUGCGUGUGUGGUCUGCUUCCUCUUCAUGAUUGGCGAGGUCAUAGGUGGGUACCUGGCACACAGCCUGGCUAUCAUGACAGAUGCGGCUCACCUGUUGACAGACAUGGGCAGCAUGGGUGUCAGCCUCUUCUCCCUCUGGGUCUCCACUCGUCCAGCCACCAAGACAAUGACCUUUGGCUGGCACCGUUCAGAGACCCUGGGUGCACUGGCCUCUGUCCUGUCCAUCUGGAUUGUCACAGGUGUGCUUGUCUACCUGGCUUCUGCCCGCAUCAUCAGCAACGACUAUGAGAUCGAAGCAUCGGCCAUGCUGGGCACUUCGGCCUGUGCUGUAGGCGUGAACAUCAUCAUGGCCUACCUUCUGCACCAGUCGGGCUCCCCGCACAGCCACGGCCCGAGCACGGGGGGCUAUGAGCGGAUUGGCGACAGCCCCUGCGGCACCACCAUACCCACCCACAGCAACACCAGCGUACGAGCUGCCUUUGUGCACGUGGUGGGGGACCUGCUCCAAAGCAUCGGGGUCUUCAUUGCUGCCACUGUCAUCUACUUCAAGCCCCAGUAUAAGAUAGCUGACCCAAUCAGCACAUUCCUUUUCUCGGUCUUUGUGCUGGGUUCCACUCUGACCAUCCUGCGUGACGUCUUCCGGGUGCUGAUGGAAGGUGCACCACGUGGUGUGGAAUUCAAGGCAGUGAAGGAGCUGCUGCUCUCGGUCAAGGGAGUGAAGGGUGCCCACAAUCUACAUCUCUGGGCCCUGACUCUCAGCCACCAAGUUGUAGCUGUGCACGUGGCUAUUGAGCCCAGCACCGAUGCGGAGACUGUGCUGCAAGAUGCCACAGCCCUCCUGCAGAGCAAGUUUGGCUUUGUCUCGUGCACCAUCCAGGUGGAACGCUACCUGGAUGACAUGGCCAUCUGCCGCCAGUGCCAGGACCCACGGGAUUGA